GGAAAAAAAAAACGAAAGCCGAGUAGUAGCAGAGAAUGCAGCAAGCCAGUCGCACAUUUCAUUUAAUGCAAAAAAUGAUCAAAAGCCAAAAAUUCUCCUCACCUCAGUCGUCCACUUCCUCUCAAAUCUUCAAUCUCAUGAUAGACGCCCACAUCAAAUUGCGUAAACCAGAGCCCUCUCUCUUCUACCUCCACCGCAUGCUCGACUGCGGCCUCGUGCCCACUUCCAACACCUUCAACAAUCUCCUCCUCCUACUCUCCACCUCCCAUUUACCCAAAGCCCUCACCUUAUUCCACAACGCAUAUGCCAACGGGCGAAUACCCCUCGACGCCUACAGCUUCAACAUUGUCAUCUCGCGGUUAUGCCAUUCUGGCCAGCUGGAUGAGGCUCUUCAACUUCAAACCCUCUUCGAGCGCCGCGGCGGAGUGCCGAACCUCGUCAUGUUCACAACUCUAAUCGACGGCCACUGCAAAAAUGGCAGUCUGGAGGAAUCAAGGCAGUUGUUUAUUAGAAUGAGAGAACUUGGUCUGGCCCCGAAUGAAUUCACUUACACUGCAAUGAUGAAUGGGUACUUUAGACAAGGUUUUAAGAAGGAGGGAAUACAGCUUUAUGAUGAGAUGAAAUGCGUCGGAGUUGUUCCCAAUCUGUACACGUACAACUCUUUGAUGGCGGAGUACUGUAAAGAUUACAAUUUGGAUCCUGCUUUCAACCUGUUUGAUGAAAUGCGCCAUAGUGGGUUUGUGCCAAACGUUGUCAGUUACAAUAUUUUGAUUGGUGGGCUUUGCAGGCUGAGGAGGUUGAAAGAUGCUGUGGAUUUGCUGGGUAAUAUGAAGGAAGUGGGAAUAAGGCCGAGCAGCAUUACCUUUAAUAUUCUAAUGAAGGGUUUUUGCAAAGCAGGGAGUAUGCCUACUGCGAUGAAGCUAUUAGAUGAAAUGAAGGCAAGCGGAUCUUCUCCAACUGCCAUCACUUACAAUACUCUGAUUGCAGCAUUCUUAAAAUCUGCUGAUUUAGUUGGAGCAGCCUCUGCUUACAAGGAAAUGAAGGAGAGGGGGUUACAUCCUACCCAAGCAACGUACACCAUCCUCAUUGAUGCCUUUGCUAGGAAUGGAGACAUGGAAAUGGCCUUUGGGAUUUAUCACUCAAUGGAGCGUUUUGGUCUUCAAGGCGAUGUUUACACCUUUGGUGUUCUCAUACGCGGUCUCUGCACUGAAGGGAGUAUGAAGAGUGCCAUGAAUCUGUUUCGGUCAAUGAUUAGCAUGAGAUUGAAGCCAAGCAAUGUGAUCUAUGACACUUUGAUUUUUGGAUAUUGUAGUCAAGGUAGCACCUUCAGAUCUCUUCAGUUGCUUAGGGAAAUGACAGGGAAUGGAAUGGUCCCAAAUAUCUCAAGCUAUGGUCUAACUAUUCGACUUCUCUGCAAGCAGGGCAAGUUUAAGGAAGCUGAGGUUCUGCUCAAUGAGAUGCAAGUUGCUGGCUUUCUGCCGAAUGAUUGGAUUUAUAGGGCAAUAUCGGAUGCAAAGCUGAGGUGCUUUUUGUUAUGAUGCAAAGAAAAUUCUCGAAGUUUAGCCCCCUGGAAUGUUGGAAAAGGGAGAAGCUUUUUACCUGAAAGGAAAAAGACCAUUGAGUUGGUAUGGGGGAUGGUAUCUGUCUAUCUGAUUUGGAGCACCUUCUCUAGGUUUUUAACAAAUGCUGGGUAAAAUAUGCCAAAGGAAGGUCCCUUCGUGGUUCUAGCUUUUGGCUAUACCGAGCAUAGGAACUUGCUUAACUGAUUGCUCCGUCACUCAGCCACUCCUUCAAGGCAAACUUCAAGCUGUUCAACCUUUUUCUAGCAUCCUGCGAGGAUUAGGCAAAAAUAAUAUGAGUGCCCUACAAAAUCAAUGUCUGCUUUGCUCGCUCAUCAGGUUACAUUCUGAUAACAUGUAAUAUAAUAAAACUAUUACUGAUAUAUCAUGUUAUGAUGUUCCUAGAAAUAAAAUGAUAUAAUGUAAUGAAACUUUUGGGCAUCAUA